AUGAGUUACCAGAGCUUGGGGGAUAACAACCAGGGGGGCUAUGGCCAAUACAACCCCUAUGGAAGCCAGCAGCAGCAGAAUCCGUAUGCCAACCAGGAGCAGGGCUACGGAUAUGGCGGUGGCUACAACCAGGCUAGUGCUGCUGAGCAAGGCAAUGGUGGAUAUGAAAUGUCCAACAUGCAAUCUGGAGGCGGCCCGACCGCGAUUCUCAACAAGUGUAAAGAGAUGAACGAUGCUAUCACCGAGCUGCGCACCAAGCGCGAAGGCCAGCUUGUUUCUGCCCAGAACGCCCUGCUGGACUCGAGCACCGGCAAGGAGGACCAGUCCGCCCGCCAGAACGUCGACUACAUUGAGGAUGAGAUUAACACUGCCCUGCGCUAUCUGCGCGACCAGUUCAAGCGCAUCAAGGAGACUCCUGGAUCCGGCGACUCCCGUGUGUCCGGCCAGGUCGAGAACGUCAACCGCAACCUCCGUCGCGAGAUCGAGCAGUACCAGCGCACGCAGUCCGAUUUCCAGAAGCGCCUCGAGGAGCAGGUGCGACGUCGUUACGAGAUUGCCAACCCCGAGGCUACCCCCGAGGAGUUGGAACAAGGUGUGCAGCUUGUCCUGGCCGGCCAGGAACAGAGCUUCGCGGUCCCCGGCACCCGUUCGCGCCAGGCCAACGAUGCCCGCCAGGCUACUCUGCAGCGAUCCGCUGCUAUCCGCAAGAUUGAGCAGGAUAUGAUCCAGCUUGGUCAGCUGUACCAAGAAGUCGCGGAGUUGAUCCACCAGCAAGAGCCCGCAGUCACGCAGAUCAACCAGAGCGCUGAAGAGACCCACCACAACGUGCAGGAAGCCAACACCAAGCUUGAUGGCGCCAUUACCAGCGCCCGCAAUGCCCGCAAAUGGAAGUGGUACGCCUUGGGUAUCGUUAUCCUGAUUAUCAUCAUCAUUGUCGCCGUUGCCGUCGGUGUCACCGAGGCCAACAAGAAAUAG